AUGUCACAAAUUAGAACAGAAUUAAUAGCACCUGCUGUUAACUUUCUUAAAGACCCAAAAGUUCAAAUUUCUCCAAUUCAGAAACGUGUUGCUUUUCUGGAAUCUAAAGGAUUAACUUCUGAAGAAAUUGAAGAAGCACUUAGACUUACACUAAUUUCAACUAAACAACUUACUACUACUAUACAAACCAUCACCAAUACUCCACCACAACAAAUAACGACAUUACAAGUAAAUAAAACAAACAAUAAUAAUUCUUAUAGAACACCGUCAAUAAUACUAAGAGCACCGCCACCUCCUCCAAGAUUAGAUUGGAGAGAUUAUUUUUUUGUAGCAAUUCUAAUUGGUGGAACAAGUUACGCGAUAAGAGUUUUUGUUAAAAAAUAUAUAUUACCAUAUUUUAAAACAUUAACAAAAAAAAAAUUUAAUAAAGACAAACAGCAACUUUCCAAUCAAUUUAUACUUACCACCAAAAAUUUAGAAAUAAUCAAAUCAGAUACCCAAUUAACCAAAAAAACUAUCGAGGAACAUUUAUUUAAAGUUAAAGAGACUUUGAAUACAAUAAAUAAAGUUCUCGUGAAUUUGUGCGAGACCGAUGGAAAAAAAGAUCGAGAGAUUACAAUAGUGAAAUUGUAUAUAGACGAAGUGCGAGAUUCAAUUUCAAAAGUAAGCGAAUUCAUGAUUCUUCCCAAAAUUGAUAAUAAUCUUUAUUAA